CCCUACGACCAGCCUGUGGACCUGUGUGGAGAGUAUGCCAGAGGGCUACCGUAUGGUGAUGUUUGAGAGAGUUAUGGAUACAGACUGGACAGGGCGAGGGAGAAGGUGUAUCAGUGGAGGAGAUUGUGGAUGCUGGAGCUGGGGAGGAAGGUCACGAUAGACGAAUGAUUCAGCGAGCGAGUGAACUCGCUUUGGAUCUGCGAGUGGGCAUCAUCAUCCCUGGAAUACCUCAUCCCAACCCAUUCUCAUCAUUUGCUCUUCUUUCUUCCUCAUCUUUGCUUAUCAUCGUGACUUUAAAGGACCACCUAGAUGCUGUCACUGUGUCUGGCUUCGAGAUUAUGACAUCUGUCAUCCCGCUCGUGUCUUUGACAUGCCGCGGUCUCGUGAUUCAAAACGUACUUGUUUUUAGAGCAGGUCUGAUGAUUGAUGAUUUUUCCCUUGACUUCCAUUGGAGGUGCAAGGUGCUUCCUCGAAUGCUGUCAUCUUCACACUUCCUCCGGAAUGGUCACGGCAACGGCGUGGACACGUGUGGACUGGACGGAGAAGGAGAAGAGGACCAAGAGCCCAAAUCUUCAAUGUCUCUAUGGGUAUGUAGGGCUAGAGGCUCGUUGUCAAAGCAUGCACAACCAGUACCAUAUCCAAUGGCAUGCAAUCUUCCUGAUCACAAUGCUCCCGCUCACGCCAUCUUUUCAGAACGGGGUUUACCAAACCUAGACAUCGAUGGGGGCGAUUAACACCCGAUAGGCCUGAAUUUGGCAUGAAAAUUACUCAUGGCGCGUGUUGGAAUGCUCUGUAGACCCUUUGAUCUGCCGAACUGGGUUGUCGAGUAUCGUUGUUUGGGGAGCUACUGAGUAUGCCA